AUGGCACAAGGUUUCAAGACCAAGCCGCUCGCCAAGCCGGUCAAAUCCUCAGCCGGUCAGCGGAAUAAGGCCAAUGCACCGCUCAAGAAGGGCAACCGCGUCAUACCGCCGCAACGCAAGGUAGCCGUCGAGGAGGCAGUCCGACGAAAAAAUGUGUCGACAUCUAUCAAUACCAGACUCGAAGGAGCGAUGGCGCAGCGAGCAUCGGCGGGCAAACUCACGAUCAUGAAGAAAUCCGCGCAACAAGCUGCAUCUGCGGCUAGCGAGAAACCACGCAAAGGGCCCGCUCGAACGCCGAAACGGCCUGCCAUGCCGCACUCAUACGCUGUUGCUAUGAGAAGAUGCGAUGCAAACUGCGUUGCCGUCGCGUCUCAACUGGCCUUGCCAUGUCUUGCUGUCCUACUCGAAUGCUCCCAAGUCUCUAUCGCUCGCAAAAUGAAGGGGACUCUCGCCGUCUUCUCUGCGCUCUUCUCGUCGGCCCUUGCUACCAGCGUUGGUCAUUAUGAAGCGCCAACUGCCGGCCAAGUCUUCAAUCUCAACUGUCCAACCAUGACGAUCAGGCUCGUCGGCUUGCCAGCGGACGCACUCUAUGUCGAUGUGUCCAUGACGCAUUCCAACAAAAUGGGCGUUGCUACGCAUUACGACGUUGGCCAAGCUGCCAUCAUCAGCGGCGUCUUUUCGGCCGUUUUCGAGUGGGUCGACGAGUCGACAACGCCCGGCCAGUGGACUUUGGUCUCUGAGAUCAGUCACAAGGACGGUUCGCUCAAUUCUACUGACAUUGAUAUCGUCGUCGUCGAUACCACCGAUCCGUGCGAAUGA